AUGUUCAGAAUUCGGUGCUAUGGGCUGGCAGCAAACUGCUGUGGGAUGCGGUUGGUGUCAGAGGCCACAUGGGGAGAGAUAUGUAAGAGAGGUUGGUACGCUGCCAUUGAUGCGAGCGAUGCCUUUUUCCAAAAGGCCAAGAAAGAGCUGACGUUAGUCAAGUACAAUCAAUUGAAGCAGGAGAUUAUGUUACUCAACCGGAAGGGCCAGCGCCGUUCUGAGAACCCACUUCGGAUGGAGGAUGAGAAGCUGCGUUACCCCACUGAAAGCCAACGUAAAUCUCAGAAAAUAGGUUUGGAAGACUAUCAAAUUGAAAGUGUUGCUUCAUGCUGA